AAAACAAGUGUGACAGCGCAGAAGCCUACUUACAUUUCCCUCGAACUUCUCAGUUAGAGGAGGGAGAAAAAUCCAUUCGUUUAAAAUUUCACCGUGGAAAUCUUAGACAAGACGACAUUUUCCGGCGAUGAUCAUCUUCUCCAUUGAAAAUCCAACGGCCACGAUUUUUGCCGGAAAACGGAAUUUCCUAGUGACAAAGAAGAUGGCGAGGGCGAGGAGUUCAACGGAAAAUGGUGUCCUAAUUCGCGAAAUUAUUGAAAAUAUUUCCAAGGGCGAAGAAGGUUAGUGAUGCCUUAGACGUGGAAUUAGCGCCCCACAGAGUGAACGGGACAUUUUACGGACCAGAGGAGUACCUCCCUCAUCACUUGCAACAUGGCCGCUAAAUGAAUCGUUCUGAAUACGAUCACUACAUGAAGAAGGCUCAAGGCUGCAGCCAGCGAAAAUGCUUGCUUGGAGUUUGUCGAUGUGGUAAAGUCAAAUGUUCAGUUGGUUUCAGGCGAGCUGUACUACAUCACCCUGUGGGUUGUUGACAAGAAAGACUCUCAGUUCAAACUCUACCUCGUCAAAGUUUGGCAUAAGAUACAAAGGUGCAAAGGUGCCAGAACUGGCAGUACAGAUCUUUAAAGUAGUCCCCCCUGUCCAGGGAGAGGCACCUGAGGAGCAAGCAUGAGCACUUGACGACUCACCAAGUAACCAAACAAAAAAAGAUUUGUGAAGGACUUCUGGAGGAAAUAUCCAGAUCUUGAAGGCACAAAAUAUUGUCAUGUUAUUACACCUAUUUCAUUCUGUUAGUGCACAUUCUAUUAUUACUUGCUUGUUUGUAUAUGUUACUGUGUGUGGAAUCCUUGAUUUUCAUGGUGCAUCUGCAACAGUGUUUGAAGAUUGCUGGACUUAAGUGGCGAUCCAUGUCACUAUAUGCGGUGUCGACGGGUAUCUUUUUCCGGUGGUUCAUGCGUUCGUCUUCCGGUGGCAAAGGCGUUCAGUUUUCAAUCGGCAGUGCAGUUUUCAAUUCGGUUCUGUGAUUUGUUCAGCUACGUGGUUUCAGUUUCCGGCAUUUCAGUUCAGGGAUUCAGUUCAGACGGUUCCACGUGGGUUGCAGGCGUUUUUCAGGCGGACCUCUCGUCUUGCUUUUGGUCAGUUUCUGUUCGACGGUUUCUGGAAGUCUGGCAAUUUGUUUGGUUGACGGUUUCUGGAAGUCAGGCAGUUUGUUUGGUCGACGGUUCGUGAGUUCUUUCCAGGCAAUUUGUUUGGUGUUUCGUGCGGCGUUUUUGUGCGUUGUAUUCGUGUCAUCUGGUUCGGUGUUUGGCGGCGUUCUAGUGGGUGUUUGGUGUUUGGAUUAUUCUGGUGGUGUUGCGGGGAUCGAAUCACUGUUUUGGUGCAGUUUGCAGCGUGGUUAUUCUGGCGAGAGUGGUGCAAUUGCAGCGUGACUGUUUGUUGUGGUGUGCAGUUUGGUGCAGCGUUGUUGGUGUUGUCUUGUUGUGGUUUUGAAGUGGCAGGGGUUUUGUGUACUCCGUUUCCUUUGGUUGUCUUAUUUAUUUAGGAUAACCUUUCCACGGUUCUUUGAUAUGGCGGCUUCCGUGGAGAAGUUUCAUUGCCCUUUUGUGGGUCUUAGCGGGUGCCAGGAUGGAGGUGGGCGUGGUUUGGUGAGGAGUUCUCUGAUCACUCACUUACGUGAUCGUCAUUGUUGCACUGAUGUGCGGGAUGUAACCCGUCAUUCCCUUAUUACCAAUUUGCAGGUUUUUACUACGGCUGAGGUGACCUUUCGUCGUAUGGGAAUUUGGCUAUGUGGAGAUUGUUUCAAGACGCAUACUCAUCGUAUUAGGUGUCGACAUGGCAGUGGUUCUAGUACGGUUUUUGUGGACCCACCUGAUUCUGGGGAUGGUACUAUUCGUUUUACUCUCUACGGUAUUCAAAAACCACAAGCUCCUGCUUCCGAGCUGUCUACUUCUGUUGCGCCUCGAGAACAUCAUUUUUCUUUUGAUGUUGCUCUUCUAAACACUUUAUGGUCCAAGCGGCUGCGUUCUGUGAAAUCCAUCCCUCCCAAAUGUCGUUUGGGUUUUUCGCGAGUUCUGAAAGGGGCGCUUGAUAAGGUGAUUUGCAGACCAGAUGACAUCGCUUGUUGGGUUCAGUUGCUCGUGUUACCUCUUUGUGUCCUCAAGACUUUUUCUCCACGAAGUAAUCGUGAGUGUUCCUCCGGUGUUAGGCGGCGACAACAGGAAGAGAGUAUCACCUCUGCUAUUCGUUCUUGGGGUGUGCCUGGUGGUUCUGAGCAACUUGUCAUAGACACAUUGGCUAGUGUGUCUCCCCCUCUAUUGGAUGUUGACGACGACCAUGAUUUGGCGGAGCGUAAUAUUAAGCAAUGCAAGAGAAAGAUUUCUGACGGUCACUACACUGCUGCCGUUAGGGUUCUUUCUUCCUCAGGUCUUGCCCCUUACAAUGAUGCUACUCUUGCAGAUUUGCAAGCAAAGCACCCUUCCGUUCCGGUCCCUACCUUGCCGGAUAUCCAUGUUGAUCAUCACCUUAUUGCUUCCUCCGCUGUUGUUUUGGAGCAGAUUAAGGGCUUUCCGCGUGGUACUUCGUGCGGUAGAGAUGGCUUGCGUGCUCAACACCUUUUGGAUUGCUUGGGUGGUGCUGCUGUAGCUGUUUCUGAUGAGUUGGUGGAUGCUAUCACUCAGGUUGUUAAUCUCUUUCUUGCUGGAAAGUGUCCUGCUGAGCUUGGAGGAUACAUUGCUAGUGCUCCUCUUACGCCACUUAUUAAGCCUGGUGGGGGUAUUCGGCCUAUUGCCGUGGGCACUAUUUGGAGGCGCCUUGUUUCUAAGGUCGGGGCAGCUUUGAUUGGUCCGCGUUUAGGAAACUACUUUGGAGGUCUUCAGUUUGGAGUUGGGGUUCCAGCAGGUGGUGAGGCCAUUCUCCAUGCUGUCAAUCGGUUGGUUGAGGCUCGUGGGGCUGAUGUUGGCCUCUCUAUGUUAUUGGUGGAUUUUCGGAAUGCGUUCAAUUUAGUUGAUCGUUCGGCUUUGUUGCGUGAGGUACGGCUACAUUGUCCUGCUCUUUCGCGUUGGGUUGAAUUCUGCUACUCUUCUCCAGCGCGGCUGUAUUAUGGGGAGCAUACCUUGUGGUCUUGUCAGGGUGUGCAGCAAGGGGAUCCUCUCGGCCCUUUGCUUUUUUCUCUGGUUCUACAUCCAUUAGUGUGUCGAAUCAGAGACUCAUUUGAUCUAUCUCUUCAGGCUUGGUACUUGGACGAUGGCACUAUCGUUGGUGACACUUUGGUGGUUGGACAGGUCUUGGAGUUGAUUUUGGAGGAGGGUCCUCAUUUAGGUCUCCAUGUUAAUGUUGAGAAGACGGAGGUUUUCUGGCCUUCGGAGGACCCCCGCAGUCGUCUAGAGGGUGUCUUUCCUACGGAUAUUGCUCGUCCUGCGCUUGGUGUUAAGUUGCUUGGUGGCCCAGUCAGUACGGAUUCCUCUUUUUGUAAGGAGUUGGUUUCGCAGCGUGUGUCGAAGGCUGUUGUGUUGAUGGAUGCUGUAGCCAAGCUUAAUGAUCCCCAGUGUGAGUUGUUGCUUCUUCGUGCGUAUACUGGAGUUUCUAAACUCUACUUUGCUAUGCGCACUUGUCCGCCUCAUCUUUUCGAAGCGGCCCAAUUAUCCUUUGAUGUGGCUCUGCAGGCUUCUUUAGAGCGCAUCGUGACUGCUUCGGGACCUGGGUUCGGUGACUGGCAAUGGCGCCUUUCCACCUUGCCUUAUUCUUAUGGAGGAUUGGGUGUUUAUUCAGCUGGUGAUGUUCGGCAUUAUGCUUUUCUUGCAUCCCGUUUGCAGUCUUCUGGUUUGCAGGAUUCGCUUCUUCGGCUUUCAGGUGUUGAUGGUCCGGGACCGGCCUUUGACGAUGCUCUUGGUCUUUUCAAUAGGACCGUGGAGACCGACCUUAUGCGUAGGCCUAGUGAGAUCGCUGCCCCCAGACUCAUGAAGGAAUUGGCAGACAUAUAUUUCACGAAGGUUACUGCUGAUGCGGAAUCCGCCUACUCCUUAUCUUCGCGUCUUGUUGCCCUAUGGAAAUCACAGCAGGGGGAUCACUCCUCGGCUUGGUUGCGGGCAGUCCCCAUCUCGGGGUUAGGCCAGACUAUGAACGGUAAGACUUAUCGUUCGGUUCUUUGCUAUCGGUUGGGUAUUCCGUUGUUCUCUUAUUCGACGCCGUGUUCUGCUUGCUCUCGGGUUUUCGACGGGGACAUUUAUGGGGAUCAUGCCGUGUCUUGUGCUGGGAUUGUGGGUAUCAAACAUCGACAUAAUGUUGUUCGUGAUACCCUUUUGGAUAUUUGCUAUCGGUCGGGGAUUUCUGCUCGCAAGGAGGUUGAUGUUGGGCUGACUAGUGAGAGUGAUGGAGCUCUUCGUCCUGCAGAUAUACUGCUUUACUCAUGGGAUGGCGGUCUGGAUGUGUGUGUUGACUUGACUGGGUCUUCCCCUAUGACGCAAUCUGGGUUGUCAGGCUUCGUUCCGUGUCGGGUUGUGGCGGUUGCAGCGCAGCGGAAGCAGGAUAAGUAUGGGGCACGUUGUAGGGCUUUGGGUUACGGUUUCUUUCCUUUUUCCUUCUCUUCUUUUGGGGAAUUAGAGAAAGGGGCUGUUUCUUUGCUGAAGCGGGUCCAGACGUACUCCAGGGCUCAAGACAUUGGGCCCCCACUCCUCUAGCUAUGGCGAUCAACAACAACAACAACAACAACAACAACAACAACAACAACAACAACAACAACAACAGUUAGAUUAUUGGUCAAAGUUUUAGAUUUAAUAUGGGAUCUGUAUGUAUGUUGGUGAAGUGUCUCUUUUGCUGCUAGUUUGAUAAGAGCAUCUCUAAUGGUUGUAGCUAGGGACUUGCUUGUAAGUUUUAGAAAUUCCAAGCUACUAGCUUGACCAUUGGAGUUGAAAUGAUUAAUUAGCUUGGCCAAGCAAAUUAGCUUAUUUUAGCUAAUUUGCUUGAAAAUAUUUGGCCAAUGAAAUAAUAUUAAAUUAAAUUAAAUUAAAAUAUUGAUUGAAAAAUAUGGCUUCAUUAAAUAUCAAGCUAGUAGCUAACCACUAGGGUACUAACUAGCUAGAAAGGGAAGUAGCUUGAAAUACAUGACAAGCUAAUUAAGAAAUUAGCUUACCGUUGGAGAUGCUCUAGCUAUAAUGAGAGGAUAUAAAGUUGGUAAAAGUUUUGGGAGUCGGGGCUUUGACUGCGUCUGCUAUUGGAAAAUUGGAACUUGCUUCUUUCAGAAAUCACUAAUUGUGGUCCUCCAAAUAUAGUGUAGGCGAUGUUCUGAUAUUGUAACACGUACCGAUGUGCUGACAAUAGGGAUAGUAUCGAGUCUUUGAAACAACCUUAGCUUUACUUGUUGUACAUAAGUUUUGCUUCAGGGUUUGUAAGUGGGUACAAUAAUCACUAGUUAGAAGAUCUUGUCACUCGAAUUACAUGAACAUCAUAUCAUGACACCAAAAGUAUUUAUGUCGUUCCCUGCUUUAUGGAUUAGUUUGGCUGACUAUAUCAGCAAUUUCAUCCCUCGUUUUUUCUCCUGGAUAAUGAGUCAGAAUAAUGCUUGUGAAGCUAGUAAUGUUGAAUAAGGUCUGUGACAGGUCUCAUAUUUUAGAUUUCAUAACACCAUGCAGAGGUCUGGGUGGCCUAUACAAUUUUGGCGGCCCCUGUUUGUCUGGAUCAGAUUUACAUGCUGAAGCAUUAACAUCUUUCAGACAUUGUAUAGUACUAAUUUUAGAGGUCUGUAAUGUACUGAUGUAAGCAUGUCGCAUGAAUUAUUAUAUGACAAGAUUACCAUGUACUCGUACAACUUAUGUGGCUGCAGAUACAAUCAAUAGGAUUUCCCAGACUGAAAUAUUUUUAUGUUAGUUGGAGUUGUAAAAUGCUCGAACUCACCCUUUACUAACCAGUGUUGAGUAUGUUUGAAGAAAAAUAAGUGUGUGAUUAUGAAUCUGUAGAAAUCUAGCGGCAAAGAUCAUGUAGUGGGUAAAGAUAAAUUGUUCAGGUUCUUUCUACUUUCUGGAAUGAUGAUAGAAAAUAUGUGUUAUUUUGUGUUAUCCAUUGUGUAUUCUCUGUGUAUUCGCACUUUGUAACACUCUAUUCUUGGGGUUUAUGCAGGUAGGUAUUAUUUACUUUGGUGCAAAUGAGGGGCAAGCCCCAACAAAAAUUAAAGUAAAACUAGUUAACUAAGACUACUCGUGGCCAAGCCACUCCCACUAAGUCUUCAUGUAGUAUCUUCCCAAGCUCCAAAGGUGGCACUUGUAUCAUCUCCAUCUUUGAGCUUUGCAUCACAUCCACAUUUGCUAGUCAAUCCGCUGCCCUAUUGCCCUCACGAUAUACAUGAUGGAAGGAUAUCUCUUUGAAAUUAUUUUUAAUUAGUUUACGGCAAUUAUGUACAAUAUGUACACAAUCCCCACUAUAACUUUCUAAGCCUUGUAGUGCUAGGAUAGCAGCCUUGUUGGGGUUUCUGCAGGUAGGUAUUAUGAUUUAUGAGUUACAACUUACAAGUGAUAUAUGAUUGCUUGUACAUUGAUAGCUCAGAUUUUUCAAGAAUACUAGUCAAUGGUACGUGCGUUGCACGUGACAUUUAAAAAUGCACUUCCUUCAUUAUUUAUUUAGAUAACACAAUUUUUUUUUUUAUCAUGUUUUUCAAUGUAAUAUUUCAAUUACUAAGGUUGUACUUGCACUAUUUUGACUUUUUAUACUAUUCACACAAUUUAGUUUGACCA